CCGCCCGCUUGGAGAUGCGGCGCUGGUUGUGGGAGCCGAGCCCGCGGCCUCGCGGGGCCUAGGCCUCCCUCCCUCCCUCCCUCCCCUCGCGUCCAUGUGAGCGGGGGAGCGGCCUCUGCCGUGCGGCGGGAACAGGCUCCGGGCGGGGCGUCAGGCCUCGGCCUCGGUUGCGGCUGCGGUUGGUUCCCUGUGGAGCGGGAGCCUCGGGUCCAAUGACCGCCUGGGUCCUGCUGCCUGUCAGCCUGUCCGCCUUCUCCAUCACAGGGAUAUGGGUGGUAUACGCUAUGGCAGUGAUGAACCAUCAUGUCUGUCCUGUAGGAAACUGGUUCUACAACGAGUCCUGCCCUGAGGACACCUCCAAACAUGGUUACCCCAAAACCUGCUGCACCGUCCAGGACAUCCCGCUGGUCAGUAAAUGUGGCUCGUCUCCGCCUGAAAGCUGUCUCUUCAGUUUGAUUGGCAACGUGGGUGCUUUUAUGGUGGUCGUGAUCUGUGUCCUUCGCUACGGGCAGAUCAUGGAGAGGUGUCGGUCGACGUGGAUCAACACGGCCGCCCUGGUGACCGGCCUCAUCAACGCCGUGGGGCUCGUCAUGGUUGGUAACUUCCAGGUGGACCAUGCUAAGAGCCUGCACUAUAUUGGAGCUGGGGUGGCCUUUCCUGCGGGGAUGGUGUUUGUCUGUUUGCAGUGUCUCCUCACCUACAGAGCAGCAACCUCUCUCCUACACCAGUGGCUGGGACACACCAGAGUGGCCCUCACCACAGUGGCCUUAAUCUCCUUGGUUCUCAGUGGAAUCUUCUUCAUUAACGAGAGCCCAGUUUACCAGCACGCGGCUGCCGUGUGUGAGUGGAUCUACACGGUUGACAUUCUGGUGUUUUAUGGCAGCUUCUCCUUCGAGUUCGGCUCUGUCAGCGGCGACACGGUGCUGGCUGUGCUGGGGCGAGGAGGGGUCCCGGGCCUGGGUGGGGGGGGCUUGGGCAAGGCAGCCAAAUCCCCAGGCAGCGGCACCUCCUCCCAUCUCCACAGUAACCCGGAGAGCAUCGCCAUGAUCUAAUGUCUGGUCAGAGCGUCAGGUACAGUGUGUGUGACACAGGGGGUCUCAAACCCCUACCCUGGCCUGGGGUUCUGCAGGCACUCGCUGGUGUGUGAAUCUCGGUGGUGUAUUCUCGCCCCCAUCCCACCCCCCCCACCAUGGUAAAUCACCAAUGUCUCUGAAGCGCGGGUACAUUUUGUGGGGUCAGUGUUUCAGGCUGUUACAGUGGAUGGGAAAGUCCCUGGUUUGACCUGUUCCCCGGCCUGGAAUAUUACUGAUCUCAGUCAGAGGGACGUUUCGCCCACAAAACACAGUCACUACACUUUACAGUAUAUUCCUGUGAAGCGCUUUGAGAAGUCUCAACGACAUGAUAAGGCGCUGUAUCAAAUGCAAGUAUUAUUACAGGGGUCCUCUACA